AUGACUAAACGCAGCGUUUCAUGGAGGCUUGUUACCUGCUUUGCGUCUCCUAAUCUAUCCUUGAACGUCUUGUGCCUCGUCGUCACAAUUUUUGUUCUUCUUCAAAAUCUGGUCAUUUCACAUUACCAACAACCCAUUUUACUCCCUCCUUCCCUAUUCACAUAUCUGAAUCAGCAAAAAGAGCCUAAAGAAAUAUCUAAGAACGAGACGGCUUACUUGGUGGAGACGCUACGUGAGUCGGUAACAUUUCUUCCCCUCAAAGACCUUCGUUUUUCAAAUAAACCCCUCGUAGGUCAUACAUGGUUUAUGAGCUCUCUGUACGAUAACCAAACCAAAGGCGAGGUUCAAUAUCAAGAAUUUCCUUCAGAUUCUUCCAAAGGAAGGCUUUUGUGCUUGAAAGGGGUUGAUGAUCACGAUGGGUCAUGGAACUACUAUGCACUGGCUUGGCCUCAAGCUCUCCCGGUCAAUGCCAGUCUCCAGGAGGGCUUCACAUUUGUAUCCUAUAACCAUUACGAUUAUGGUAACAUGUGGCAUGGACUAUCCUCCAUGGUCCCGUUUGUUGCUUGGAGCUUACGAAACCAAUGUGCAAAACCUCAGAGAUGGGUUUUAUACCACUGGGGAGAACUAAGGUUCAAGAUGGGGAAUUGGUUGAGCGAGAUCAUCACAGCGACUUACGGCCAAGAACCAGAAUUCUUACGGUUUGUAGAUGAGAACAGGCCGGUUUGCUUCGAGAAGGCGGUUGUUAUGAGACACAACGAAGGUGGAAUGUCAAGGGAGAGAAGAAUGGAAGUCUUUGAUCUCAUUAGAUGCAAAGCGAGAAACUACUGCAACAUAAGCUUGACCGAGAGAUCAAAACCGCGAAUCGGUAUGACAUUGCUUAUGAGAAGUGGACCAAGAUCGUUCAAGAAUGAGUCAGCGGUGAUCAAUGUCUUUAAGAGAGAGUGCAAGAGAGUAGAUGGAUGUGAAUUGAAGGUUGCUUAUUCAAGUAAUUUAACAUUUUGUGAACAGGUGGAGCUGAUGAGUAUGACUGAUGUGUUAGUGUCACCACAUGGUGCACAGCUCACUAAUUUGGUUCUAAUGGACAGAAAUAGUAGUGUGAUGGAGUUUUUCCCCAAAGGAUGGGUCAAGCUUGCAGGAGUUGGUCAGCUUGUGUACCAAUGGGGAGCUAAUUGGUCAGGAAUGAGACACGAAGGCACGUGGCAUGAUCCUGUUGGGGAGAGAUGUCAGUUUCCCGAUACGGAUAGGCGAUGUAUGUCGGUAUAUAAGAACGGUAAGAUCGGAUACAAUGAGACUUAUUUCGGCUAUUGGGCGAGGAGAGUUUUGAAUAAGUUUAGCAUAAGAAAGACGCAAGAUGUUGUAGAACGCAAGCACGGCUAUAAUGGUUCGUUAGAUGGGUGUCGGUGUUAAUGGAAAAUCAGGUAACCAAAUACUCAGACUUCGAGUAUGUAUGAUUCAUUUUUCUUCCAAAAAUAUUGUCAUCUAGUAAAAUUAUUUUUUUUACAUCAAUGUUUGUUCCAAUUAUGACCGAA